AUCUCUCUCCUAAUUCUUUUGCAGUAAAAGUUUCUUUAGCUUGCUGCUGUUAAUUAGUUGGAUGGCUAUAGCGACAGCUGAAUCAAUGUGCAAGCUACCUUUGGAUAAUAUGCAAGUCUAUGAAAAGGAUGGAGACAUUGUAAUUGGGGGGCUUGUUCCUGUGCAUCUGAGACCUGACAACAAUAAAGUAGAUUUUACCAAAAAACCUGACUCGCCAAAAUGUGACAAAUUUUAUAUGCUGCGUUACCUAGAAGUGCUUGCAAUGGUAUAUGCCAUAAAUGAAAUUAAUAAUGAUCCCAAACUUCUACCCAAUAUAACACUUGGGUUCAGGAUAUGUGAUUCUUGCUACAAGGAAUCCCAAGCUAUGGAGGGAUCUAUGAGAAUUUUAACAGGCAUACAAAAAGCGACCCCCAAUUACAAGUGUGAGUCAAAUGUCAAAAUAGCUGGUAUAGUUGGAGAUCUCCAGUCUUCUUCAUCCCUUGCAAUGGCAAGAAUUUUGGGACUUUACAGAUUUCCCCAGGUAUAGUAAUAAUAGACUUUUCAAGCAAUAGGUUGUCACUGAUAGAAUUUUGUUGUUCUUUCAAACUCAUUCACUUAUUAAUUUGCAAAUCCCAUAAAAUAUACAAUAUACAAGAUAAAUUGUCCCGUAUUUCUGAAAUUCAGUAACAAUUUGCAGUAACUGCAUCUUCUGUCCACUGUAAAAUUGGUACACCUACAAAAUACAUACCUUAAAAUCA